UGUUGUAACGUAUAGGCAGUUGGAAAGCGCUGUUCCUAUAAGAUGGACGCUGCAGCCGACGUCUUUGCAAAUCUACGACCGGCGAGCGCGGCCAUGGGGGGCUGGCAGUUUUUAACGAUGAGAUGGGGUAUUCCGUACGGAAGGGAUAUCGGUCAGGUGGGCCAGGGCGAUGACGAGCUGUGCAUCGGUGACUUCAUCUGUCUUUACUCCGAGGAGAGCGCUGGAUAUAUGUUCUCACAGAUGUCCAGUGCCGGCCAUACCGAGGUUAGCGUGGGGGUCAAGCAACAUCGGAAGAAACCACCGCUGCCAAACGCGCAAGUGGCAACAUUCAAAAUCUGUGUACAGUACCGGUACAAGGCGAGCAAGAAGCAUUGGAGGGCACAAGAGGAGAGCAGGAAGGAUCCGACUGAUCUGACGAAGAAAUCGGAUAUGUAUCGCGCCCUGGCUGCUGCAAACGCAGAGAGUGCAGAUAACGAGAUGGAGCAGAAACGUCAGGAGGGAAAGCGGCUUCACUACGGGCAGGUCAUUCAGCUCCAACACGUGUUUACCAAGAAGUUUCUCCACGUCAGCACCACGCAGACGUCACAUACGGAGAUUAACAACAUGCGGGUGGAGCUCCUCCCGUUCAACUCGAAACACGCUCAGUACAAAAUCAUGCCCAGGUUCAAGGUCAAGGCGGAACUGGACACCGUCCGCUUGGGGGACCAGAUCGUGUUGGAGAGUAUAAAGACACCAGGGAACUACCUGCACACCAGCAAACCUGCCUACGGGCCGAAAUUCGUGGAGGGCACGAGUCGUGAGUUGAACCUGUCCGUCAGACACAGCGCCUUCACGGUCUACCGGAACAUCAGCGCCAAGGAUCAGCAGGAGAAAUACCUCACGGGCGGCUGUUUGAUUCGAAUGUACCACAAAGAACACGAAGCCUACAUGGUGGCGAGCGGGUCAUUCGGAGACGAGAGUUUCGAAGAUGUUCAUCUGAGGGUCCGACCUCAGGACAGCAACAAGCCCAGGUCCAUGUUCCCGUCAUCCUCUGCGAUCACCUACUGGCAGGUGGAACACGGGGAUGACAUUAUGAAUGGAAACACGCUUUGUUGGGAACAGCGAUGUCUGUUACGUCACAUCACAACAAGGAAGUACCUCAGCGUCUCCAGAGACGGGGAAAAGUUCAAGCUUGACUUAAGUGAUGAUCCAAAUGAUGCAAACACGAUAUUCCGUCUUCACCCAGUCAUCCAAGAAUCUGAAGAGAUCCCGUAUGACAGUUACUGUCGGAUCGAACAUGUGGUCACUGGGACAUGGGUACAUGCUGUACAAGAAACCUAUGUUCCGACCUGGCACGGGGCCAUCGGAGCGUCAGACGAGGGGAUGGCGUGGGACGGCGCUCAGCUGCAGACCAUCAGCAUGGUGGACAGGUGCAUGUACGACGAUGCCUUCACCAUCCAACAGGUGAAUGCUGAACAUGAGGGUAUACUGAACUAUGCUGCUGGAAUCCUCCCUGUCAUCAAACACAUUAUACAAUACAGGAAGGAUGGAAACCCCAUUACUGAGAGGCAGGCUGCUGACUGUGUUGAGACACUGAAGGAGCUCUCCAAGUGGCAGAUUGUGAGAGGAGAACCCAUCAAGGAUCGGCAGAAGCUGCUAAGGAAUCUCAGGGUUAUUGAGUUGCUGAUCAAGCUGCUGGGAACACCAUACCGAGGAUCGGAUGACAAAAGGCACCUGAUCAGCAUAUUUGUGGAGGCCUACACUGUCCUGUUCACCUACCUGAUAGGAGACAGUAGGAAGAAUGAGCUGUACAUGGCCAGGCACACCAGCUUCAUACACAGCCAGAUCAAGGAUGAGGGCGAAGUUGGUCUGGCAGCUACCAAGAUGCUGAUGGAGCUGGUCCAUGACAACAGGAAGAUCGUGGACAGGAUCAACAAGGCCCAGAUCGACACCUUCAUCAGCCUGCUCAUGAGGAACAAGGACUAUCGGUACCUGGAGAUGUUGGCAGUCCUGUGUGUUUGUGAUGGUAUUGCAAUCCCUGAGAACCAAGAGUACGUCACAAAAGUAUGGCUUUGUGACCAAGAUGCUAAGGCCUGUGUAUAUCAUACAGAGCUUGGGCCAGGUAUUGGGAAGGAAGCAGAUCUGGUGUACGUGUCCACAACCAACCGUCGAAGGUGGACACCUCUCCAUGAGUUUGUCAAGACUGCAGAUGAACAGAGUAUACUCUUCCUCAACUAUCAACUGGACCUGUUGAAAAGCUGUGGAGGGAAUGAGUUUGCCAUAUCAGUCAUAACAAAGGAACUGAAGUAUCUAACAUGGGAGGAGGCAUUCCUGUGUCUGUCUGACGACCGGCUACCUGACCAGCUCAGGGCUGUGUACUGUCGUCUUAUAAAUGGUUUGUUUGUGGAUGUGACGAGCAACUGUUUCCCCCUGCCCCUGGACUACAUCAAUCUGUCCUUCAUCUGGGACGACCUGAAGGAUGGGGGCACUGUUGGGGAUGAAGUGCAACAGCCGAACACUCCCAAACAGGCCAGUCUGAAGAAGGUGCUCCCCACCCUGCAGAAGUGGAUCUCCAAGUUCCUGCUUGAAAACAAGGACAUGACAGCUUCACUCAUCGGACAUAACAUGCUCAUUGAACAGGUUCUACACUUGGUGUACUCCUUGGUGCAACAUGGCUACUACAGCACCGAGGCUGACGUGACCAUGCUGACUGGGCCCAUGUUUUCUCUGCUGGACGGAAGGAACGACAAGCCGUGCCCUCCUAACUCUAUGAGCCCUGAACAGUACAAGAAGCAGCUACAGAAGUACCAGGAGACCAUACGGUACCGGCCCUCCAAGAAGACCAAGGCUAUAGUUGAUGCCAAGCUACAGGCCUUGAAGGUGUUGAAGCUUCUACUAAACCAUCGCUUCAACACAAUCUUAAAGCACUUCGUUCUGGAGUUCAGAGUCACCCUUGAGAACUCCCAGGCUGCAAAGCUAUUCACAUCCAAUGAGUUGGAGCCAAUGUUGUAUGAGAACUAUGAUCCAGACGAUGAUGAUAACGCCCAGGAGGCUGUAGAAAAGAAGCUGAGAGACAUUGCUUUCUCCUGCACACACUUUGACCUGGAACUGCUGAAGGAGAUCAUUAUGGAUGUCUCGAAUUACCAGUAUGACCAGAUGGUGGUGGAGUCGAUGGAGGUUCUGAACAUCUAUUACUCCACCUUCAUGGACCUGUUCAGGAGAGCCGACCAGUCCAAGGUCCUGAUGACAGAGAAGUCCUGCGAGGUCCACAGGGAAGUACUGAAGGACCUUCCAUUGUUCCGGAAGCUGGUUCCUGCCAAACUCAGCAACGACAACCUCAACACCAUGUGUGCCAUCCUGGACAAGUUCAUCGGAUUUUGCUGCUUGCCUGGAGUUGCAGGAGAGCCACACCCAGUCAACCAGGCCAUCCUGUACAACUUCUAUGUCCUUGAAAGUGUCCUUGAGGUCCUGUUCCAGAAAGUUGACGUGCAUCUUCAGGAGCAGUACUCACGCCAGCAGCUUAUCUUUAAGAAGUGCUUCAAGCUACUCAGGGUGCUGGCAAGAGGGAAUGAGAUUGUUCAGCUGCGUCUGUUUGAAAGAAUGGACGACAUGCUGAAAGUGAAGGGUGCCGAAGUGGAGAUGGCGAAGGCCAUUACUGAGAUCUUCACGGGAAACAAGCUGACCUGCCUGAAGGUUCAGCAGCAGCAUGUGGAGCAGGUGUGGGGGCUGGUCGAGACGCACGGCGAGCUCUGCUGCGAGUUUCUCGAUCUUCUCAAUGCCAUUGUCAAGGUCGAGGAACUUGACCUUCCCCUGAAGAGGAACCAAAGUUUUGUGAUGAAGUACUUCAUGCAGUACCGAUCCGAAGUGGCAGGGGUCAUUGAUAGGAGUGCUGAGGAGAGGAUGACGGUUUUCACAGCAACCCAAAACAUCGGAGAUCUGCGCUACAUGAUGGGAAUGGUGAACGUUCUCGCCACAUGUGCGGAGGGAGAAAACAGGUUCAUCGAGUCCAUCUGCCAGACCAUUUUCUCGGUCGAUGAACUCUUCCAGAUUCUGACCAAUGACAAGAUCGACAACAACCUGAAACGGCCCUUCCUCCGCUUUCUGCUGUGGGUGUACCUGAACACGGCCGGGAGCGUGCUCGACAGCGGGGUGGGGGAGUUGGCGCACGAUCCGCGUCUGUGGGACUAUCUGAAGGGUCUGUGCCUUGUACUGAAGAUAUCCACCGACUACGUGAAGGGAAACCCUGACAAGGCACGGCAGCAACUCAAGAAACCUCCUUCAAAAUGGCUAGUAAGACCGCGAAAGAAUUCAAAGAAGAAGAAGAAAGCUAAGAAACUGAGGGAUGAGUCAGCUGACCUGUCCAAUCAUGGAACCUUGCAUUACAUCUUUGAAGCCAUCAUGCCUUUCUUGCAGGUCUUCUUCAGGCAGUACUACUCCCCAGAACGAGAAAGCUAUCCAGAGGAAGCUGAUGUUGUGGACCUCAUGGCAAAAUCACUCUUGAACUUCAUCGAUGCUGUGGGGACCCUGAUCUCCAACCUGACCCACCAGAAGAACAUGGUCAACUGUAUGACCUCCAUCCUGUCUGUGGCAACCCUGCCAGUCCGGGUGAUGGAGGAGUUUCAGUCAACAUAUGGAAGUGGGGGGCAACUUCAGGACAUCAGAAGCGAUGCUAAAAAGGAAUACGAGCGCUACUACUCCAAUGAAGAGGAGCUGAAUGAACAGUUGAACACGUUUGCUAACAACUGCAUGUUUGCCUACUGUGGGGAGAACACUGUGGAAGUGCAGAUAGAUUUUCCCUCUGACAGAGAGUACAAUGACAAGGUUGCCAGUGAGGAGUUGCCUCUUGCUGAGGAGUUUCAGGAUCACCUGAAGUGUUUCAUCGACACAAGCAAGGCAGUGCCAGAGGAAAGAUAUGCCAUGGCCGAGAAACUGAUUGAACAGCUACAUAUAUCGUCCAAUAACUACAGAUCGACUCUGGUGGAGAGGAUUCAACAGGAGAAAUUGGACAUCAAGUGCCUUCAACUACUCCGUGCCAUGAUUCACAAUGAAGAACGCAAGCUCCCUGGAAACUGGGAAAUGUACCCAAAGAAGAACAAAAAGAAAAUCCAGCACCUGAAGAAGGUGCAGAUGGCUCUAGCAGACAAAGGUGCACUACUGAAGAUCCUUCCGCUGAUCUCACGUGACAGCGAUGACCUGAUCGCUGAGGUGCUGGCUCUACUGGCUGCCAUGCUGUACGGGGGCAAUGAACAUGUGCAGGAUUGCCUGAUGGACUUUUUCAUUGGCAGCAGGGAAGAGAUGCUGUUUUCUGCCUUCAAGUCCAGAAUGGAACUAUCAGCAGUCAUCACUACAGAGAGGCGACUGCUGGAGGCCCAGCACAAGGCAGAGAUGCAGAAGGCCAUGGAGAUGGAGAAGGCUCUCAGCAGGGCAGUUAUCGAUGGAAAAACAGCCAUGGCAGCUGUGAAGCGCCAUGGAAGCACUGCCUCCAAGAUGUCCAUCAUGAGUGCUCGAGGACGGGCUAGAAUAAAGACAGGGAAGAAGCGAAGCCAGUCCAGCAAGUCAAAGAAGUCUGCGGCAGGCAGCAGGCCUGAACAUGGACAGACAAGGCCUGCCUGGCCGACACCGCCGGCGAUGAAAACUCCUCAGAAAGAGACAGAACCAGCCAAUGGUGGCAUUGAGCUGACAUCGGUGAAGCAGACAGCAGAGGUGCUGCUCCGUGCCAGCCAGGCUAAUGUAGACGAGCCGUCCACUUCUGCUGAAGGUCCAACUGAAGUGGUCGUGGAAAAUAAUGGGACGGAGGAGCACAAUGAUCUGAUUGAAGAGCUAGAAGAGCCGCUGGAUGAGGUCCUGUUUGAGGAUGACGGAAAUAUCGAGCUGGUCUUACGUGUGCUCGGCAUGAUGUGUGAUGCACAACACACUAAACUACAGGACUACAUCCGAGAGCAGCCAGACAACAUGAAGUCGUUCAACCUGGUAGCGGAAACCACCCUGUACCUGCAGCUGCAUUACUCCAACAUCAACGGGGGCAACAUAAGGCUGGUCACCAGCAUUUUCAACACACUCUUCAACCUGGCAGUGGGAAACUCCAAAAACCAGGCCAUCAUUUUUGACACCAAGGCCAUUGACUACAUCAACUUCAUCCUGAGGGAAACCAAGUUCACGGGAGCAGACCAACUGGCAGUUGUCCAGUUGAAAACUUCCAUUGGGAACCUGCUAAAGGUUAUCAUUGAGGAAAACACAAACGAUGCAGCGCUGGCAAAGGAAAUUAAAGACCUGUUGGAUGAUGAGGCUGUUAAUACAACAGUGGUCGAUAGUUUCUUGGAGCGGAAGAAAUCCACAGACGAGCAGCUGAAGAAGAGUUGGCAGCACCUCGGCUUCACUUUCUUCCACAUCAUCAAACGGUUUCUGGACCUGGACAGCACUCUCAACCCAAAAGAUUUCCAGAACACAGAGGAUGCCAAGCAGGCGUGGGCGUUUUUCGAGAGCAACACGCUGUCUGUGGAAAUCAUCAAAGACAACGAGAUACAGAAGGUGCACUUUAGGAUUAGAAAGAAGGACCUUCUGAGGAAUGAGGUGAAGGAGAAACUGAAGUGGAGUGUGGACCGUUCGUCGCCUAGCAACAAGAUCCGCGACUUCAUCGAUUGGUCGAAAGACAUCCGCAGGGACAUCAACUACCAGGCCUGGGUCCGAUCCCACGGGCUGGCGGCGUUCUUCAUCGCACGCGAGGUGUUCUGGAACCGAGCCAUCAUUUUCCUGACCUUGGUCAUCAACAUCUUCAUGUUGUCCACGUGGAACGCUCCAUGUCCUCAGCACUAUGGGACCAGAGCAAACGCCACGUGCGCGAGCCCCGAGCCCAAGACACCGCACGGAAUCCUGUGGAGUGCGGACAACGGGCCUUACGAGAUCACGGUGUACGUGCUGGGGGGCAUCCACAACCUCCUGUCCUUCUGCCUCAUGAUCAGCUUCUUCCUGUCCAACAGGCUCAGGCUGCCAGACGGGAACAACACCAAGGCCUGGUUCAGCAAAAAUUUCUUGGGCAUAGAAAUCCUGAAUGCGCUGAAGCAGAGGGUCUCCAAACUUGAGAUUCAAGUAUUCAGCCUGAAGACUCUGUACUAUGUGGCAUACCUGAUCUUCUCCAUCCUGGGAACGGUGUUCUACGGCUACUUCUUCUGUUUCCACCUCAUCCACAUCGCCGUGAAGAACCAGCUACUCAUCAGGGUCAUUUCCUCAGUCACUCUCAACGGGAGGUCACUGCUGUGGGUGUGUGUUCUGGCCAUCAUCUUCAUCUACAUCUAUGCUGUGAUCGGGUUUGCCUUCUUCAGAGGUCACUUCAACGAGGAGAAGGGUCAGUUCUGCGAGUCCCUCGGACAGUGCUUCGUGUCCACCAUGCGUUAUGGACUCAUGGAGAAUCUUCAUAAGCCCCUGAUCCCGCCAUCUUGGGUAACCUUUGAGGACUAUGCCAUCAAACUGCUCUGGGACCUGACCUUCUGGGUCAUAGUCACCACGAUCGGCCUCCGCAUUGUCUUUGGCAUGAUCGUGGACGCCUUUGUGGCCCUUAGGAACAAAAAGUGGCAAGCUGAUUUCGACAUGGCCAACAUUUGUUUCAUCUGCGGAAGGACAAACUACGACUUCGAGCGAUUUGGGAAGGGUUUCCGUCGGCACGUGAAGAAUGAACACAACAUGUGGUCCUACCUGUUCUUCUUCAUUCACCUGGACGAGACUAACGAGACCCAGUACACCGCCAUAGAGUUCCAUGUCGCUAAACUGAUGAAGAAUGAAGCGUAUGAGUUCUUUCCCGUGAAUCGCGCCCUGAGUCUGGACAACAAGAAGGACGCGUACGACUCCAAACUGGACAACCUGGUGCUGCAGGUGGACCAGCUGGUCAAGAGGCAGAAGGAGGAGGAUGCCCAGAAGCGUCGCCAUGAGGAGAAGAUGAAGCAACGUGAGUGGGAAGAGAAGCAUCGGGCGGACUCCGCCCACACCCCGGCACUCACCGUCAAGUCCAGCACCUCCGGAGAAGACACGGCGUUUUAGGCCUCACCAGUUUAAGAGGGCGCUGUUCCAUUUUUUCUUAAGACGUUUAUUUCUGUGAUAAGCACCGGGCAGACUCCGACCACACCCCGGAACUCAACGUCAAGUCCAGCACCUCCGGAGAGGACACUGCAUUUUACUUUGUCUGAAAUAGAAUUCAAAUUUCUUGUUGCUGUCAGGUUGUUCAUAAUGUUGAAUAUGCGACCCUUAAACUGUGGUCUAGUAAUCUUCUUUUAGUAGUAGUUU